AUGUCAGAUUCUAUUCCUUACGAUCCUGAAAAGGCUGCCUUAUUAGUUAUUGAUAUGCAAGAAUUUUUUCGUAGUGACGUAGUCGAUAAAAUUAUUCCAAACGUAAAGUCUAUCGUUCUAACUUGUCAUAAGAAAGGAAUUCCAGUUUUAUGGACUCAGCAUGGUCAUAUGAAUGUUGAACUCGAUGGAGGCGCCUUGGCACGAUGGUGGAAAAAUAAAGAUGAAAUGUUAAUGCGAGGAUCUGAAAAAUGGCAAAUUUUUAAAGAAUUAGAUUCAAUUGUUGAACGAUCACCAACUUCAAUUGGUACCCUUGACUUUAUCAUCAAGAGUAAAACUCGCUAUGAUGCUUUCUAUAAGACUGAACUUGAUUCCUUUCUCACCUCCCUCGGUAUAAAAACACUCAUCAUUUCUGGUGUUAAAACAAACUUAUGCUGUGAGACAACUGCCAAAAGGGCUUUUGAUGAGAAUUAUGAUAUUGUCUUUCUUGAGGAUGCGACUGCUACGGAUACUAAAGAGAUGCAUGAGGCAGCUUUAUUGAACAUAGGAUAUGGAUGGGGCAUAGUUACCACUGUUAAUAAUACUACUAAAUGGCUUUCAACCCAUGAAAAAUAA